GAUACCGAAACUAAAUAAUACCUGGGGGGAAAAAAACUCUGUGCGGCCGAUUUCAACUUUAGCAUAUAUUAUGUUUAAAUUUUAAUAUUUUUGUUAAUUAGUCAAUGGAUUAUUUAGAAUCUGCACAGCGAUAUGAAGAAUGAUAGUAAAUCUUUGUUUAAUUGCCUUUUCACUUCUAAAUUACUGAUUAGAUGACUAGUACCUGCUGUUACUAGGUACCUUUGUAUACCUGUCUCAAUUUGUGCAAAAUGAAAAGUUUCGAGACUGUUUUACAUUUAAACUUAAAAACAUAUGAAAUGGGCAUAUUCAUUCGCCACCUAUCAUCAUUAGCUGUUUUAGUUAAACUUUUCAGCCAUUUCACUUUUGGGCAUGAAAUGUAUUAAAUGCAGUAGCUUUCAUGAUUCCUAUACAUUGCAUCAUGUUUCAAAAUUCAGGAUUAUCAACUAUCUGGACAAGAAGUAAUUAGCACUUGAUAAAAAUAAAUCAUCAUAAUGAUUGAAGUUUUAAAUCUCUCCUCUUUGGUUUUACGAAAUUGUGUUAAAAGACUGUUUCAGGCCUUUAUAUUGAUUCUAUUUUUUGGAUCCACUUUUAUUCUACUUGGAAAACAAUUGUACAAAGGAGUGCUGACUCAAAAAUGUGUCAUUUUACCUCCAGUGAAUAUAACUAGUGCUGAAUAUGCAGCAUUUAUAGGCAAUUCUUCUAACUGGCUUGAAAACAAGAAUGGUUAUUACUUAUGUGGUAACAGUACUGGUUCUAGGCCAUGUCCUCAAAAUUACACAUGUUUAAAAGGAGCUGAUGUCAAUACAUAUAUAUCAAAUUUUAAUUUUUAUGGAUCAUCAGUGGUCACUAUCUCACAGUUAAUGACUUUGCAUUUUUGGCAAGAACUUUAUCAAAAGAUGUUGUUAACUGCUGGAACUCUUCAUGUUAGCUACUUCAUUAUGGCUUUUUAUUCUUUUCUGUACUCAAGUGGAUUGAUUUUAGCUAUUAUAACAAGAUCUUAUAAAAAUGUUCUUAAAGAAUUUGAAAUUGUUGAAAAGAAAUCUCGUUCAAUGAAGAGAGAUACUUCAACUAUAGGGGACUCUCAAAAAGGCAUAGUAAAAAGUCCAUCAUGCAAGUCAUAUGAAUUGUUCUCAAGUCAAGUCAUAUCUUCUGAUAGAAUUGAGCGUCAGACUUCUGAAAUUAUUGAAAAUACUAGUCGUGCAAGUGAUAAGAAUUUUGAUUCUGAUUCUGGUUUGAAAGAGCAUUUAGCUGAGAGCAGGCAGAAAAGAGAAGCUGUGAGAUGUCAGCUUGCUCGUGAAAAGUCAACUGAAUCUAAUGAUCAAUCAGCUAGUACUUCUGCUUGCUCAUCAGUGUUUCAACAGCAUUUAAAGAAAUUCAUAUCCAGUUUCAGUGCUGAAUUAUUUUUCUCAUUGUCCAUUACAUCAUAUCUAUGUAUUGUUAUUGUCCAGUACAGUCGUUUGAAGCUUAUCUCAUUUGAAAUAUGUUUGUAUUGCUAUUAUGUUUUUGCUGGAAUUACUCUUGUGGAAGUUGUUUUAAAAAUGAUCGCAUAUUCACCAAAAGAAUAUUUCCAAAGUAAAUGGAAUUCUUUUGACUGUUUAGUUUUGAUUGUUGGUGGAACAGAACUGAUUCUACUUGAAGUAGAUCAUCCUAUACUGUUCACUUUACGAUCAUACAAAUUGGUGAAACUAAUGGUGUGCUGCAAUACUUUUGCCCUGAAAAAUGCUCUGGGAAGCUGUGUUUUCUUAUUCAGACAUCCUACUUCAAUCCUGUUCGUUUUUAUUAUAAUUUGUAUUGUCACUGGAAUGCAAUUGUAUGGGCAAGAAUAUUUUAACAGUGUUGAUAGAUUUCCUGACCAAGAACCUCCUCGUUGGUUUUUCAAGGACUUUUACAGCUCUUUCAUUUUGGUUUUCUGCAUGUUGUGUGGUGACUGGAAGCAACCCAUGGUUAAUACAGUGCUCUUUACUUCUUAUUCUAGUGAUCUCCUGAUGCUCAUCUUUGUACUUAUUGGUAAUUUUGUGAUCAUAAACCUUUUCUUAGGCAUAGUAUUUUAUACUUUUUUCUAUAAGUCAUUACCCAGAAAUCUUUCAUCUGAAGAUAAACUCCAAAGUGCUAUUCAAGUUAUUUUGAAUAGACAAGCGAAUCUUUCAGAGGCUGUGGCAAAUGUGAAACAAUCAAAAAGUGAUAACUCUCAUCCAAAUGACAGCUCUUGCAGUGACACAUUAUCUGAAUCGCAAGAAAAUUCCACUCGGUCUUUAAACAAAAAUAAAAAGAAGCUCCAUUACAAAAAUGAAAUGGAAAUAAUGGAAGAUAGUUCAUCUGAAUAUAUGGAUGAUUGUUGCCCAUCUCUUUGUUACUUUUGUUGCUCUUGCUGCAAAGCUGAUGAAAAUCCUGUAUUGUGGCAAAACUGGGCAGAUGUACGAAGUAGGCUCUAUUGGCUUGUUGAGACAAAAGUUUUCAGAAUUGCCAUAGCUAUGAUUAUAAUUUUCAGUGUGACAAUUUUAGUCAUUGAACAAACUUAUUUAUCCAGCAAUCCUGAUGUUGGUACAAUUAUUAAAAUUGCAAGCCCUGUAGUAUUUAUAUUAUUUUUCUUUGAAAUGGUUUUGAAGUGGAUGGCUUAUGGGUUACAGAAAUUCUUCAAAAGUCACUUGGGACGUUUUGAGUUUUUCAUUUUGGUUAUUUAUUUAAUUGAUUUACUGUCAAUAAAAUUUUUUGAUGGACAGAGAAAUAUAUUCAAGGCACUACGAGCAUUUCGGCUUCUUAGUCUAACAUCUCUAUUGAAAUCUUAUCAAGAGACUCUUCCUCUGCCAAUGAAGCGAAAUAGUUGUAUGACUGGGAGUGAUUCUGUGUCAAAUGAAAGUCUUUUGCAUUUAAAACAAUUUGAAUGCAAUCGAUUUCUUGGUAGACACUGUAGAUACCGUCCUACUGGUUCUGGAGAAAUUUUUCAAAUGGACUGGAAUACACAUGAAAUACAAUCAUCUGAUCUCAAUGGCAGUAGAAUGAGAAGGAUAGAGCUUGGAUGCACUGCUGAUUAUCGUGACAGAAAUCCAACAAUAGAAGCCCAAGACUGUCUCCCAAUAUUUUGUCAUAACAUGUGUCCUGCUUGCAAGCAAGAUUGCAGUUUUUUCAGAAUGUGUUCUGUUAUCAGGACUAAAAGUAUGAUACUGUUGAAAAGCAGAUAUUUCUUCAGCUUUAUUGUGUUUAUGAUUCUGCUCAGCAAUUGUCAAUUGGCAGUGGAAUUGAACUUUUCUGAAAGGAAGUUGCUGAUUAUAGAAGUAAUUGCUGCAUAUUUGGAUAAAGUAUUUGCAGGCUUUUUUGUGAUGGAAAUGCUUCUAAAGAUGUUUGGUUAUGGUUUGAAAAGUUAUUGCAGCAACUUUUGGUGUAUUUUGGAGUUCUUGACUACUGUUACAACAACUAUAUAUGUCGUCUUGUAUGAAUUGGAUUUUCAAGGAGUAUUUGUGCUGAAAUUAGUUAGAGUAUUUCGCCUACUCUAUUUAUACAAGACUUUGAGAUUCAAUAAGCAGUCAAAGGCUAUUCUAAUAUCAUUAAAAUGUGCAUUACCUUCUCAUCUCCUGGUCUUCUUAUUUGUAUUUUACUUAUGGCUAAUCUUCGCUGUAAUUGGUACUGCAAUGUUCAGUGGAAUGCUGUAUCGAUGUGUGGAUGCAAACAAUAAUGUUCUUUCACUUUCGGUGGAUGCAUGCAUUCAGAAUAAUGGAACCUAUAAAAAUUCCCCUGUCAACUUUGAUUAUGUAUCAAAUGCAUUCAUUGGUCUGCUACAAGUGGCAACUCUGCAGAAUUGGAUAAGUUUUGUUACAGAUAUUAUGGAUAAUUCAAAUGCUUCAAAUAAAAUGAAGAAUGAACUCUAUACUGCAACAUUUUUUCCUCUGUUCAUAAUGUUCAGCACUUUCCUGACAUUAAAUCUUUUUGCUGGAGUAACUUGUUGGUAUUUCAACGAUCAAAAAAGAGAAUCUGAAAAUGGCCUAAGCUCAAGGACAAAUCAAUUAUAUAAAGCAGCUGUCAAAAAAAUGGAAAGUGUCAAACUGGAAAAAUCUAUCCCUCCUCCUAAGUUGCACUUUCAAGCUUUUGUUUACCGAAUGGUGAACAGUGACAAUUUUGAAAUAGCCCUUUUUGUCUUCAUUGGACUUCACAUGCUUCUCAUAGCUUUAGAUAUGUAUGACCCUGAUCCAUCAGAAAUGUUUGCUUUAGCUAUGUUUGAGCUCAAUAUAUUUUUCAUUGUAAUUUUUUCGUUGGAAUGCAUUUUAAAACUAAUUGCAUAUCGACACUACUACUUCUUAUCAUUUUGGAACCACUUUGAUGUGGUUGUUUCAGUACUUUGCAUUUGUGGAACUUUGUUUGAAAAUCUUUUCUCAUCCCCUAUGCUCCCAGCUAUGUUGCGAUUAAUACGCUUUAUAAAAUGCCGUCGAUACUUGAGGCGAUACGUAAGGGGAAUGUUACCAUUACUGUAUACCUUGUACUCAUCGAUCCCAGCAUUUGUCACCAUUGUAAUUCUUCAGUUCAUUGUUAUGUUCAUUUAUGCCAUAUUUGGGGUCUACCUAUUCCAUAGCAUCAAGCAGUCGUGGGAUAUAAGUGGAGAACUUAGCUUUGAAACAUUCCCCAAAGCCAUGCUACUCCUCUUCCAACUUUCUACCCUAGCUGGUUGGAUAGAUGUUCUUCAUUGUUUAUCAGCAUCAGGAGAAAACUUGACAUCUGCAACCUUUUUUGUUGUGUCAUACAUUAUAAUCGUGUACUAUAUUAUCAUUAAAACACAUUUGGUUAUAGUCUUAGAUAGUUAUGAAACUGCUAUGUGUGAAUAUGAGAAUAUUUUGUUGAAGGAGGAUUAUGAGAUGUUUGCUGAAGUAUGGCAAAAGUUUGACAGCAAUGCCCGAGGCAUCAUCAAGUUCAGCAAUCUGCCGGACCUGUUGGAUGUUUUGGAAGAACCUUUUCACUUUGGCAAACCAAAUCGAUAUCUCAUUGCAACACUUAAUAUUCCUAUUUAUGAAGGAGACCUUGUAUUUUAUGCUGAUGUAAUGGAUGCCCUUACUCGGGAUUUUAUGAGUCAUAGGGCACACCUUGUGGAAAUACCAGACAGCAUACCUGGUCUUCUCGACAACAAAGGUAAAACUUUGAAAAAAAUUGGAAGUACACUAUGGAGGCAACGGCAAAACCACUGUGCUUACAUAAUUCAGCGUGCUUGGAGGCGCUAUACAGGGAGGCUAGUGAGGUCCCCAGUCUUUUACAGUGAAGUAAGAUUGGCUGAUCAAGGUGACAAAGUUGACACUUAUUUAUCUGCAGAAGUUCGGUCUGGUAGUCAUGCUUCAGUGUGAAAGUUAAAAAAAAAAUCAAUCAUAAAA